AUGUCUUCAUUACCCCCACGCUCCUCAUCCGCACCUUAUUACGGUUCAAGGGCCAAUCUGUCAAGAAGACCCAGCGGUGCAGGAUAUCCACCAUCGAAAUCCCCAUACCUUCAGUAUAUGCCUUGUGAUCACAGUGUUCGAUCUGCCAGUUUGACUUCCAUCGUGGACAUGUAUCACGGCAGGACCCCGGACGAUGCCUCGCAACCUCUUCGUUCGCCAAUCUCGUUCUACUACGAUUAUACGGAAGAGUUUGACAAAGGAUUCCCGUGUGAAUUUGAGUAUGCGUCCACAAUCGGCUUUCCUCAAGGACACACUAUCGGCAUAUUGAUGAAAGAUGCCAUGGAGGAAACAGAUGCGGCGCCCCCGGCCAGCUUCAGAGCUUUACGUGAAAAGCAACAAAUCCAGGUAGCUUCGGUGCCUAUGUAUGGCAGCUUGCAUGCGUCCAGUCCUAAGCGGCAAGAAUUUUAUGAUUGCGAUACUAAUUCUAGUUGCAAGGAAACUCCGAUCUCUAUCAAAAGAACUCAGCAAUCCCCGAUGCAGCCGGUCUCGGAGCAACCGGCAACGGAGAAGCUGGAAGACAGCCGCUUUUAG